AUGUCUGAUAGCAAGGUCUUUCUAGGUUGCAUUCCGAACCAUGUAGAUGAAGAUGCCCUCAAAGAGGAGUGCGAGAAGCAGGGCACCAUCAAGGAGUUCUUCUACAUGCAGGACCAGGUUGGCACAGAUAGAGGUUGGGCCUUCGUGACCUACGAGGAUGAGACGGAAGCGGCUGUCGCUGUGGCGAUGUUCAACGGGCAGCAGAUCUUUCCAGGCAGUGCACGGCCUCUGCAGUGCAAGUUUGCCAAUGAAAAGAUCACCAAGAUUGAGGGCACUGUCUUUGAGGCUCCGACGAAGGCAGUGACACCAUGGCAGGAGUUUACCACUCCAGAGGGAAAGCCCUACUACUACAACAGCGUCACCAAAGAGACAAGAUGGGAGAAGCCUGCAGAGCUCGGCGGUCAGACGGCUGCGCCUGGCCAGCCAUCCCUACCUGGAGCCACCGCAGGUGUCACCACUGGACAGCUGGCCCUCACGCAGGCAGCGCUGCCUGCCAUGCAAGGAGGAAAUGGACCACCAGGAGCCAACAUCUUUGUGUUCCACGUGCCAAUUAACUGGACGGAUGAUGACUUCAACGCGCACUUUUCUCCGUUUGGGCAGAUUGUGUCAGCCAAGAUCCACGUGGAUCCAGUGACCAAGGCAUCCAAAGGUUUCGGGUUUUGCUCAUAUGCGACUACGCAAGCAGCCACCAUGGCCAUUAAAGGAAUGAACGGUUUCGACACAAAGCAAGGCAAGUUCCUGAAGGUCACGAUUAAGAAGGGCGAGGAGCAGUACAACCCUGAUGCUGUCUCCGCUCAGAAUGUUCCGGUUCAGACUGGUGGUGCCACAACUCCGGCAAUCGUAGGUGUUCAGCCGACUGUAGCAAUGGGCGUGGACUCAUCAACGCUGGCGCAAGCUGCGUCGAAAGGUCAUUUGGUCAAGGCGAAUCCCACACAGCCGCCGGCCCCCUUGGCCUUGCCAGGGCAAUAG